UAUUAGGCUAUUGGACAGCGUGAUGAAGAAGAAAUAGGAAUUCGGUUCAAAUAUUGUUUAUUCCAAAUCGGAGUUAUGCUGCCAUUUCAUUUGUAGGCUGCCCCAUCGAAUAAAGGGUGUAGGUUUAGUUUAGCCUUCAACCGUCAACAUCCCCUUAAUACUGUAUUGCCACAAAGCCGUCCGUUCCAGCCAGUGAUCAGCAGAAUGACUGAUCCAAACAGCAACACGGACUUUAUGGCUGGCUACUCCGGUAUCACCAGACUAAAUGUAGCUGGCAGUGGGUUACCUCGUCGGACCGUGCUGAACUCUCCCCCUCCUCCAGGCAGACUGACGUCCCUGCGGUCCCGGGACCUGACUCUGGGCGGGUUCAAAAAGAAAACCUUCGUACCCAAUGUCCAUUCUCUGAGGAAGAGUAAAGAUGAGUUAAAGGAAGAGGCCCAUGUUGCACCAACGAAGGACAGAAGAGUGAGGGAGGACAGGCACAGGGAGAGAAGAGCGGAGAGAAGAGAGCGCCCCCCUCAAACCAUUCAGUCCCACUCCAUCUUUGAACAGGGUCCUGCAGACACAGUAAAGAAACCAGGGGGGUGGAGAGGGACCGACCUUAGAGACGGCAGCUCCUCUCCUGUAGCUUAGUGUUUUAAGAAGGAGAGACGUGCUUCAGAGGAAAACAAUGAUAUGUUACACAAGCUUCAACGGGAUGAUUUUUUAGAUGAUCCUGGUUUGAAAAAUGAUGCCAAGAACAAGCCGAUUCAACUGCCACUGUAUCAAUCCAGAAACUUCCUGAUAACAGAGGCAACAACUCCAUCAUUCAGAGCUCCUGCUACUACUAACCCACACCUGGCCCUUCAGCAUGGAGCAGGACCUCAGUACGGACCAGGCCAGGGGGUCCUGAGCCCAGACCAGAUCCCUCAGUAUAGACCAGGCCAGGGUGUCCUGAGCCCAGACCAGCCCUCUGUAGCAGAGCUGUUCCACCAGCUGACGGUUUCAGAGACAGAAGAGUUUCUGUUCAUCCAGCUACCUGAUACUAUCCCUGGCCAGCCAACCACAGCCUCCGUCCCUGGCCAGCCAACCACAGCCACCGGCCAGCCAAUCACAGCCCCAGAAAAAAAUGCUAAAAAAGACUUCAAGUCCGACGGCAAGCGCUCCUCUCACAAUAAAGCACCAGACCCUGCUGGUCAAGAUGUUCCUGUCCUGUCAGAGUUCACAGAGGGGUUUCUGGGUAAACUACAGAUCAGGAAGUCUGGCAAGGUGCAGCUGGUGCUGGGAGACAUCACUAUGGACGUAUCAGAGGGAGCUGCCUUCUCUUUCCUACAGCAACUGGUGUCUGUGCGUCUGUCUGAGGGCCCGACUGGAGACAUGAGUAUCCUGGGGAACGUCAAACACAAGCUGGUCUGCUCUCCAGACUUCCAGGCUCUGCUACAGGAGCCAUCACCGGACCACUCUCCAGACUUCCUAACUCUAAAACCUAACCCCUAACCCUUAACCCUAACCCCUAACUCUAACCCUAACCCAAGCUGGUCUGCUCUCCAGACUUCCAGGCUCUGCUACAGGAGCCAUCACCGAAUCACUCAGCACAUCUCUGACUUAUAUACAGUUCACCUUGUUCAGCAUUAAUGUGUAGAUAUUGUUCAGUUUUAUUAUACGAUGGGAGCAUUAAUGUGUAGAUAUUGUACAUAGUUUACUUUCAUCAUACAGUGUUUAUGUACCUUGUCGAUUUCCUCCCAAUUUGUUUUCACUGUAUAAACAUUGUGUAUAAUAUGAAGUGUUCUUUUUUUUAUUUUAAAUGUACGUAAAUGUUUAUUUAAUAAAGAUUAGAUACAAAA